AUGGAGACUUGUAACCCAUGCAUUGUGGUUAAUAGAAACUUCUACAGCGGUAUCGCUAGUUUUAUCUCAUGCAUUGUUGUUAAUGGAGACAUCUCCAGUGUUAUCGCUAGUUGUAGCCCAUGCGUAGUGGUUGAUGGAGACUUCUCCAGCGGUAUCGCUAGUCGUAGCCCAUGCGUAGUGGUUGAUGGAGACUUCUCCAGCGGUAUCGCUAGUUGUAGCCCAUGCGUAGUGGUUGAUGGAGACUUCUCCAGCGGUAUCCCUAGUUGUAGCCCAUGCGUAGUGGUUAAUGGAGACUUCUCCAGCGGUAUCGCUAGUUGUAGCCCAUGCGUAGUGGUUAAUGGAGACUUCUCCAGCGGUAUCGCUAGUUGUAACCCAUGCAUUGUUGUUAAUGGAGACUUCUCCAGCGGUAUCGCUUUUUGUAACCCAUGCGUAGUGGUUAAUGGAGACUUCUCUAGCGGUAUCGCUAGUUGUAACCCAUGCAUUUUAGUUAAUGGAGACUUCUCCAGCGGUAUCGUUAGUUGUAACUCAUGCAUGGUGGUUAAUGAAUACUUCUCCAACGGGAUCGCUCUUUGUUACCCAUGCAUGGUUAUUAAUGGAGACUUCUCCAGCGGUAUCGCUAGUUGUAACCGAUGCAUUUUAGUUAAUGGAGACUUUUCCAGCGGUACCACCUGUUGUAACCCAUUCAUAGUGGUUAAUGAAUAUUUCUCCAGCGGUAUCGCUUGUUGUAACUCAUGCAUUGUUGUUAAUGGAGACUUUUCCAGCGGUAUCGUUUGUUGUAACCCAUUCAUAGUGGUUACUGAAUACCUCUCCAGCGGUAUCGCUAGUUGUAACCAAUGCAUUCUGGUUAAUAAUGACUUCUACAGCCGUUUCGCUAGUUGUAACUCAUGCAUCGUGGUUAUUGGAGACCUUUACAGAGGUAUCGUUUGUUGUAACCCAGGCAUUCUGGUAAAUGGAGACCUAUCCAGCGGUUUCGCUUAUUGUAACUCCCGCUUUCAGGGUAAUGAAGACCUCCCAAACGAUUGUAUCUGA